AUGUUGUGGUUCAGCAAUUUUACGAUUUUUGUCAUUCUUUUAAUUUUACUAAAGACUUCAAGAUCUCAAACACGGGAUGAUCAAUAUCACGAAUGUCUGCGUCCUUGUGUCAACGAAGUUUCCUCGAAAAAGUUAUGCCGCUACGAUUUCUUCGUCAGUGAAUUACCUACCACAAUCAGCACUCGCAACGAAUCGACAAUCAAGGGCGAAUCGGUGAUCAGCAAUCAAGUGACUCUACUGGGAAGCUUUUUGGGAAUCAAUGGAAAGAGUCCAGGACCUCGAAUAGAGAUCUGUCUAGGAGACACAAUCGAAGUAUUUUUGUAUAAUAGAUUAGGAUCCCAGGAACUAUCUUUACACUGGCAUGGACUGCAACAAAAGGGUUCCUCUCAUAUGGACGGGGUGUCUAUGGUCACGCAAUGCUCGAUAUUACCAUUUGGCGGUUUUCGAUACAAACUAAAACCAAAAGCUGCUGGUACAUAUAUGUAUUAUGCGUAUUUAGUUUCACAGCAGGGCGACGGCGUAUACGGGUCGUUGACAGUUCGAGGACCACAAGAUGACCCCAGCUUGGAAAGGAUACUUCUCUUGUCAUCAAGGCCACCAACUCUGCUGUCGUGGCAUUCGCACCUACAUCCACCCACGCCAAGUGAACUCCUCUUAAACGGCCAGAGCAAUGGAACGGUCUUGGAAGUCGAUCGAGACAGGCAAUAUUUGUUACGGCUUAUCAACGCCAAUGCGUAUAAUUGUCCAGUUCGAUUAUCCAUUUCGGGACACGAUUUUCGAGUAGUGGCCGUUGAUAGCAAUUCCAUUCAAUCGGUGACAGGGAGACACAUCGUUGCGUAUCCAGGCGAGAGAUUCGAUAUAUUUGUGGAAACAAAUCAACCUUCUGGAAAGUAUCUCAUCGAUAUAAAGGGCCUGCAAGAAUGUCGAAACCUUCGUCAAGAAGCAUUCAUUUUUUAUAACGACGCGAAGUUGGAGUCCACGGUAAUGAAAGACCAAGAAUUACUGAAAAUCGAUGACGAUGCAAUUGUGAACAAGGGAUUCAAUUGUCACGAAAUCACGAAGAAUUUCAUUUGUGCAUUGGAUUUGAAAGGGUCGAAGGAAACGUUAGCUGAGAUCGACACGAACGACGUUAUUUAUAUUCCGUUCGACGUUAAUGCUUUCCCUUCGGUCACGGAUGAAAUGACCGACAAUAGAUACCAUAUUUACGGAUGUGCAUUCUACCCCGCUUAUCUGAGUACUAACGAAGAAGGAAUAAGGGUGGCGCAAAUUAAUGGUAUGUCGUUCAAAUAUCCUUCCUCUCCAUUAUUAUCGCAACCAGAAAAUAUAUCGGAGGAGUCAAUUUGCUCUCUUGAAACACGUUCGCAAGAGUGUGCCGACACACCACUGUUUUGCGAGUGUAUUCAGAUAAUUGAAGUUCCGCCCAGAAAAAGCAUCGAAAUUGUUCUGAUAGACGAGGGUUUCGGUGGAAAUGUUUCACAUAUAUUCCACAUACACGGCUACAAUGCAAGUGUCGUUGGUAGAAACAGUUUUGAACAAGCAAUUACCAAAGACGAAAUCAUGGACUUGGAUCGGAACGGAAAGUUGCACCGUAAUUUAAUAAAUCCUCCUCGAAAAGAUAGUUUCGUUGUGCCAAACAAAGGUUACGUUAUUCUUCGUCUCUUUACCGACAAUUUAGGAUACUGGUUGUGGGAAGCACGAAGCACAGCAAUUUCUCCAGGAACGUUUGGAUCCGGUAUGCAAUUUUUAUUGAAGGUAGGAAAUCGCGAAAGUUUCGUACCAGUUCCUUUAGAUUUUCCUACCUGUGGGAAUAAUAAGCGUCCAGAUAUGGUUUUCGAGACAAACUGA